GACAUUUCCAAAAUGGUGGUGGCAUUUUAGCGACACUGCGAGUGGUCGUUUGAUUGUUCGUGCGGAUAAAUUCAUAAUUUUUUGCGAAAUUUUUGUGAGAAACGUGCUAAAAAACGAUCGUGCUAAUGUGAAGUGGCUUCUGUUCAGACUGAUGUGGUUUAUUCAACAAUAAUGACUCGACAGGACCCAAAAACGUUGCCUAAACUUGCGAUCCCGUCGUGGCGGACGUAGGCAGCAGCGGGUUCGAAUUACUUUGGGUGCAUUUCUACGUGACCGCGCGUGAACUUGCAUAUUGCCAAAUUUGUGUAAACAGUGAAAAACUGACUGUUCGGUUUGACUUGUACAUAAGUAGUUAACAUAGUUCUAAAAUGAAUAAUUACAAUAAUAUGAUGAUGGGCGAGCAGUAUCGCAAAAUGGAUCCGUACUCGCCAAAAUCGUCGUCAUCCCCGCGCGGUGGUCGCUCGCCGAUCGUUUCGAGGCAGGACUCCUCUGGAACUCUGAAGACAACGAUCUCGCUGGGAAAGAAUCCUUCCAUAGUGCAUAGCGGUCCGUUUUAUUUGAUGAAGGAACCGCCUGGUGAAGGCGAACUCACUGGUGCUACGAAUCUCAUGGCACAUUAUGGGCUCGAACAUUCAUAUAGCAAAUUUAGCGGGAAAAAGGUUAAGGAGCAGCUUUCGUCGUUUCUUCCAACUCUUCCAGGGGUCAUCGAUGGAGCGGGGAAUAUGGACAAUAGUUCGCUUAGGAGUAUUAUAGAGAAGCCCCCAAUCGUAGGGAAGGAACUUCUACCUCUAACUAGUGUUCAAUUAGCAGGAUUCCGUUUACAUCCUGGACCUCUCCCCGAACAAUACCGAACUCUUAACACUACACCUGCCCGGAAACACAAGAACAAACACAAAAAGCAUAAACACAAGGAAGGCGGUCUACCUCAAGAGCCUUCACUAGAUCCUUCCGGCUUAGACACCCACGAAAAGAAACACAAAAAACAGAAGCGACACGAAGACGACAAAGAGCGUAAGAAACGUAAAAAAGAGAAGAAACGUAAAAGACAACGUCACAGUCCCGAACACCCGGGCAGCGGUGGUGGCGGUAUCAUGUUACCACAACAACAAACUCAGCUAUUUUAGGAAUUUAUUUAUAUUUAUACAUAACGUAACUAGGACCUAGAGUGUGAGGAGUAGAAACCUGCAGGCACGUAGAAUGGAACCGAUGAACGCAGACAAAUCAAAUUUGUUGAAAUAUACUUUUUGGUUGGUUUUCUAAACGAGAGAAAAAAAGAAAAAAAAUGAGUUGGAUCUUCCUGGAAGGUUUGUUCGUAGAUUUAAAUUGGUUGGGUUCGGCCCCGUCUCCAUUCGAUUACUCACCUCAUUCGUUAUUUAUUGCAAAUGAGAAAUAUAUAUGUGCAUAUAUAUGGACAUGUAUGUGUAUAAUGUAAAGUAUUUAGCGGUAAAUUGUUUAUUGAUUAAUGGUAACAUUAGUUUCUAGUUGUACUUGUGUAUAUUUUUGAAAAAAGACCCACUUCCAAAUAAAUUCUUUUCAUAUAGUAUUUUAUAGGACUUAAUCUGAAUCAAAUUGAAAUGAGCAACCAACAUGUUAGAAUAUUGUUUAAUUAUUAUUUAUAAAAAGAGAGAAUUAAGGAUAGUGUUAAAUAUUAUCAAGAGCAAAACAGAGAUAUGAAAGAGAUGUACAUUAAGAAGAGGAAAAAGAAAACGAAAUAUAUAUUUAAGAAAGCUGUGAA